UCGGGUCAGGGCGCGCGGACUGCGGGAGCCGGGGAGGCGACGGCGCGAUGACCACGCUGCGGGCCUUCACCUGCGAUGACCUGUUCCGCUUCAACAACAUGUCCUGGCUGUCGCAGGAGACGCCUGUCCUUGACGGGCAGCGGAGCAGCAGGUGCAGAGUCGCCGAGGCGCCCGAGCGGGCCCGGCCCUGGUGUCCGAGGCCGGAGGGGCGUGCGGUCAGCGCCGGCCCAGCCAGCUGCGGGGACGGGUCAGAACGGGAUCCUGCAGGGGAGAGGCCUGGGGGAAGCCCUGACCGCAGCGUGGCCCAGGUGCCGCGCGUUGACCGCUCCCGGUCCCCCCACCUGCACCUGGCCUGUGAGAUGCCAUUAUCCCGUUCUGUGGGCGAUAACUUGGAUCCACUUACAGAAACUUAUGGGAUUCCUUUCUACCUGCAGUACCUGGCCCACUGGCCAGAGUAUUUCAUCGUUGCAGAGGCACCUGGAGGAGAGUUAAUGGGUUACAUUAUGGGUAAAGCGGAAGGCUCAGUGGCUAGGGAAGAGUGGCACGGACAUGUCACAGCUCUGUCUGUUGCCCCAGAAUUUCGACGCCUUGGGUUGGCUGCUAAACUCAUGGAGCUACUAGAAGAGAUUUCGGAAAGAAAGGGUGGAUUUUUUGUAGAUCUCUUCGUAAGAGUGUCUAACCAAGUUGCAGUCAACAUGUAUAAGCAGCUGGGCUACAGCGUAUACAGGACGGUCAUAGAGUACUACUCAGCCAGCAACGGGGAACCCGAUGAGGAUGCCUACGACAUGAGGAAAGCGCUCUCCAGGGACACAGAGAAGAAGUCCAUCAUCCCCUUACCGCAUCCCGUGCGGCCUGAGGACAUUGAAUAGCCCUGGGCAGUGGUUCUUGGGCAGACGCUGCACUGCACCGCUUACGGACAGUAAGGUCUUCACCGGCUCAUCCUGGAGCUCGAUUAGGAGAGAUGUAAUCCUCAAGGUCUUAAAGAUGUGAAAAAAAUACAGUUGUACUUACUUCAACUAUCAUUCUUUCCGGUUAGCAAUAUCCUACCUGUUAAAGCUGUUCACUGGCAGAUCCACUCAAGGGCAGCGCAGUCAGACCAUUCCGCUCCGUUCAUCACAUACUGUGUGCUAGGGAAGGACUUGCUCCACUCUCCCAAUGCAGGGCCCGAGAACCACUGCUGCAUAUAUAAAUUUUUUAUUUUGUACUGAAUUGUUAAUUGAAGCUUUAAAGGCCUAUAUGAAAUGUAUAAAUCUAAGAUGUAUAAUAAAAUACAUACAUUGUUGGUUCUGUGAA